AUAAGUAGAAAAGGAGAGUAUAAUAAACAUUUAUCCAUUACUUACGCCUCUUCUGCUGGUCCAUGUGCGGCUUCCGGUAUAAAUUGCAAAAAUGGCGACAAGUGCUGGAGAUUGGUGUUUGAUUGAAAGUGAUCCUGGUGUAUUCACAGAACUUAUCAAAGGAUUUGGGUGUAGUGGUAUUCAAGUAGAAGAAAUAUGGAGUAUGGAUCCGGACAGUUUUGAUAAACUCAAACCCGUACAUGGCCUGAUAUUCUUGUUCAAAUGGCAACCUGAAUCAGAACCACAAGAUUCCAUUGUACAAGACAGCAGGCUGGAAAAAAUAUUCUUUGCCAAACAAGUCAUCAACAAUGCAUGUGCUACGCAGGCCAUCCUCAGUAUCCUCCUUAAUUGUGAACACAAAGAUGUCAGUAUUGGAGACACACUUCAGUCAUUCAAGGAAUUUGUCCAAGGAUUUGAACCAGCAUUGCGUGGAUUAACCCUGAGUAACUCGGACAUCAUCAAACAAGUCCACAAUAGUUUCUCCAGACAACAAAUGUUUGAGUUUGAUGAGAAGAUGGCAAAGAAGGAUGACGACGUGUAUCACUUUGUAGGCUAUCUCCCCAUUGAUGGACGCCUGUAUGAGUUGGAUGGUCUUAAGGAUGGGCCAGUAGAUUUAGGUGCCAUACCAGGGGAGACUGACUGGCUUACACUGGUCAGGCCCAUCCUAGAGAAGAGGAUGCAAAAGUACAGUACAGAUGAGAUCCACUUCAAUCUGAUGGCGAUAGUAUCAGACAGAAAGAGUGUGUAUGAAAGACGGGUCGCCGAGCUCACUUCAAGAUUACAGGAUGAUGCCAUGGAAACAGACACCAUUCCAACAGAGCUAAGUCAUCUUCAGGAGCUAAUUCAAGAGGAGGAGAGAAAAACACAGAGAUACAAGGCAGAAAAUAUCAGAAGGAAGCACAAUUACCUACCAUUUAUCAUGGAACUACUAAAGAUAUUAGCAGAGCAGAAGCAGCUUGUGCCCCUAGUAGAGAAGGCAAAAGAAAAAGCAGCAAAGAAAAAAGAAGAAAAGGCAAAGUAGCUAGGUUAUAAACAACACUUUUAAAAGGUGCUAGCUUAACAGUCACAGAGAAGUGUCUCAGGAACAGGAUGGAGAGCUUAAGAGCUUGGAUGAGGAACAAAGCACAAGGGAAUCACUGAAAUAUAGAUGACAAACAUUUAACAAAUGAUUGGAGUAGGAAUAUCGCUAUAACUACGAGGAAUCUCAUCUCGAAGUCGUCGACUCGUGUUGUACCAAUUCAUCAGUUCUACUUCAGCAUUUACUAUUUAUGUAACUGUUGCAAUUUUACCAGUUUGGUUAAAACGUUUGUCGUAUUCAUUACGUUUUAAAGUGGACAGAGCCUGGUGAGUUUUAAUAUCGAACUCUUACACUGACCAGAAACCGUACCUCGUUGUGACUGUUAUUUAUUGUAUGUUCUAUUCAAAGACAUUCAAUGUCAUAAAGCUUUUUAAUUAUAAGCAGCAAUAUAUGUACACUCUAGCAGAACCAUUGGCAUGCAUCAAUUAGCAAUUAACUACGAGUAAAAGUGAAUGCUUUGAUAUUGACGACAUGGUUGUGGAGUAUCCAUAGUGAUUGGAAAGUCGUAGAAAUGAUGACGUAUGUUUGAGAUGUUUUGGGGAUGAUGUUACAAGUUUGUCUCAUUGUACCACCAGUAACAUUGGGAGUACACUAAAAACUUCAUGCUUCAGAUCUUUCGUACACAUUAUUGUUAUGGCCCCAGCAUUAUCAAGCUAAUCCUCUCAUAUCAUUUGGAAACUUUUGGUUCUAAAUUAGAAUUUUGAAGCCAUUGAAAUUGUCAUACUCAAAAUUUCUGAACAGGUUUCUUCACAACUCAGUUUAGUAUAUGAGAUGAACAAACUGUUCCAUCAGGCUAUCAUUUUUUGUUACAGUAUUUUGUAAAUGGAUUUCUCUGAUGCUUGUCUGGAUAUUUAUGUGAUGUUGUCGUACUUCGUUUAAGUGUUUAUCAUUUACAAUACAUUAGCUGUGAUUUAAAACAGUAUCUUCUGGAGUUGUUAUCUUUAUCAUGCUGCCAUUCAGAGUACAUUGUCGAGGCAAACCUCAGAGUUAUAAGUAAACAAUUUAGACUUAGCACUCCAGAAUAGUUAUGUCUAGCACUUACUUCACCUGGUAGUAUAUACAUUUAGGCAGAAUGUAUAAUGAAAGAAAUUGAUUUGAACCACUGACAGAUUAGAUAAUGUUAACUAGUAUUCAAAACAAGUGUGUUUCGACAGUUGCAAAAAAAUCUGAAAAUUCAGCAUAAAACCGCUCUGGAAAACCACUGAACCAUGGCUAUUAUUUGAUUUUGAAUUCUUAAAAUUGAACAUGUCUAUAUUUUCAGUCAUAGGAUUUGUCUGCCUAUUUAAAUUUUAUUAGAAUGUUCCUUUUUUUCUGUGGUUAUUUGCCGAUUAUAAAAGAAAUUUUCCAUAAACUAUAUAUCAUUUUAUACAGGUGUUCCAAUCAGGAUAAAAUUCAGAAGAUUGCUAUAGAUUAAAUUUUGUCAGAGUUAUCUCCCCUUUCACAAAAACUGUAACUGAGUAUUUGGUAGCAGUGUGUGGAAGGACUAAAAGAGCUGUUUAAAAAAGUUUGUUUGAUGUUAAGUUUUUGUCGCCUAAAUCUUACUAUACACUGUAUUAUUUAAAGGCAUAUAAGACAAUACGGAGGUUUCAGGAUUUACUUUUGAAAAUUGCUCUCAUCCCUAGCCGAGGUGAAAUGGUUCUGUCAUAUAUCAACGGCCUGACAGGAACAGAACUAAGGACCAAGAUGCAAAAUGUGUGUGUAGAAUUCUGCAUUUGUGUAAGCAGCAGCUUCUGGUGCAUUUUACAAUAUUCUUUUAUUAUUGAGAUGUUCUGGCAAAUCAAAAGGACAAGUAUGGUCAAGGUCAUGCAGGAGUCAAGGUUAUGGUCAGUGAGGAUCUAUAUGAAGUAUGGAGUGUUUGUUGAUGUUGUAGAUGUAUAUUAAUAUGCUUCUCUUCUAAACUUUUUUAUUUGAAAAAAAGGGCCAGUUAACAAUUAUUAUUUGAAUAUUUCACAAAAUCACUCGUUCAAUAAAAUCAAUUGCUUGUUAUUAAUUUCAUCUUUCUGAAAAAAGGCAUAUUUAUUUGUUGAUCAAUCAUACUGUCCUUGUUAAUAGGAUAACAGGUUUAUUUACAUUGUAAACUUGUAGUGUAAGGCUGUCCGUAUUUAUUGUUUACAAACUUUGUGUUGUAAACAGUAUAAUCUGUAAGUUGUAUGGAAGCUGUGAUGACAUUGGAGUACUGACAUUUUUGAGUUCUAGUAGACCUGUAUUUAACACGAUACCUAUGCAUUAAUGUACGUGUACGACAGGAAAUUACCUUUGUAAGUCAGUUGUACAGAACACGUUUAUAAUGUACUCUGUAUUGAUGGACACGUCACUGUUACUCCCCAAUACAGGUCCUGUCAGACCAGUUAAUAAUACUUGUUUUGUACAUCAAUCUUGUUUGAUCCUACUGUUGUGUCAGCUGUUGAUAUCUUUAAAGUUAUAAGAUGAAGUA